AUGCUCAAGCUGAUUUUGCUUGUCUUCAGAGAUGAUACACCAGGCUGUGGACACUGCUCAGGCUACAGCUUCUUGAGCCCCAGGCCAAAGUUAAGUGAAAGAUGGCUAAGCAGUCCUGAAGGACAGGCCGAGUACCAGGUCAUUGGAGGUGCGGGGUUAGAUGUGGACUUCUCCUUGGAGAGCCCUCGAGGUGUGCUGCUGGUUAGUGAGUACCGCAAGUCCGAUGGGGUGCACACGGUGGAGCCCACAGAGUUGGGAGACUACAAGCUGUGUUUCGACAACUCCUUCAGCACCAUUUCAGAGAAGCUAGUGUUCUUUGAGCUCAUAUUUGACAGUUUACAAGAUGAGGAGGACAGUGAUGGUGAUGGCUGGGCUGAUGUAGUAGAGCCUGAAGAAAUGCUUGACAUUAAGAUUGAAGAUAUCAAGGAGUCCAUUGAGAUGAUGAAGACAAGGCUAGAGCGAAGUAUCCAGGUGCUGACUCUCUUGAGAGCCUUUGAGGCAAGAGACCGCAACCUGCAGGAGGGCAACCUAGAGAGGGUUAAUUUCUGGUCUGCUGUGAAUGUGGGGCUACUGCUGUUAGUAGCUGUGCUGCAAGUGUGCACCCUCAAAGGCCUCUUCCAGGACAAGCGUGCUGUGCGCACAUAGCCCUCUCUGGAGAGGGUAGCUUUGGGAGGGGAUGGGUAGGGAAGGGAGUCUCUCUUGCCCUGGGUUUUUUUAUAGCCCUGGGUUUUGGAACAAAUGUACUUCCUUGGGUGAAACAGUUUAAAACUGACCAAGAAAGGGUCAGGGGAAACCUGGAGUGCUGGUUCCUCCCCUUUGUCAAGAACAUUAUAGUAUAGAGAGGGUCUCCUGAUUUUUUUUCCUGCAUAAAUUCUCACCUUGAAACUGUAAAAGGGGUCUCUCCUAAGCUUCUAGCUUUGAAAGUAAAAGAUCAGUUUCUAACAGA